GUACUACUGACGCGCGCAACUCGUUGUAAGUACUAGUAGCGACGCACAGCUGUUAACGUUGACCUCGGUAGACUCUUGAACUGCUAGCUCGUCUCUCCUAUCGCGCCAUGACUUCCACAGAAACUGACCCAAAGGCACCUCAGAAAAUGAAGCAGAAGAGCCUCAUGUCGUUCUUCGGUAAACAUCCAGCGCCGAAAACGAGCGCGUCGGCGGUGAAGGAGCCCAAGGCGCAGGCCAAAGCAGGGAAAGGAGGCCAGAAGCCUGCCUCACCAGACGCGUCGUCCUCAAGUACUGUGGUGAAAGAGGCGCGAACUCCAUUGUCCAAGGCGACGUCGCAGUCAUCGGCCGUCACGAGCGCGAUGUACACCCAUAGUUCGGACGGCGGCUUCAGUGUCCAUGAGACGCCGCCGACAAGUGAUCCAAUCGACGUGGACAUGCUGUCGGACGAUGUAGAUGCGAGUGGCAAGAAGUCAGUCAAGAGGCCGGCCACGAUAAACCGCAAGCGCAAGGCCGUUGUAGAGGACUCCGAUGACGACGAGGGAGCCAUUGAUGCAGUGGCAUACAUCAAGGGACAGUCCGCUCGGAAGCGCUCCCCAGAGCCCGCCUCUACCAAGAAACAGCGCGUUGCAGCGCCUAUUCUCUCAGAUGACGAGGAUGACAGCGACGUCGUAGGAGACGGACCGCGAGUCAAGUCCUUCUCUCAGCGUCUCACGAAGUUUCAGAAGUCUCCUCCCAAGAAGUCCAACAAAGCGCGCCGCAAGUCAUACGAAGAUGAUUAUGACUUCGUUGUUCCCGAUGAUGAGGAAGAACCGGGUGAUGAUGUUGACGACCAAGACGAUCAUCGCUCGUCGUCUCGCCCAUCCUCGCGUGCCUCUGGCUCGUCGCGACUCUCGGCCUAUGCUCACUCAUCCGCUGCCUCUGAAGCCGAGUCCGAAUCCGCUGAUCCUUCCGUUGGCAAGACCAAGACGUCCGCGCGCCCCGUACCGAAGAAGGAUAACAGCUCGAAGGGCGGCAAUAACUUCUUGACCGCCGCAGAACAGCGCGCGCAACAGCAGAAGGCGGAGAAGAAGAGCUCGGAAGAUCCUUUCUUGUUCCUGCAGGACGCCAGGGACAAAGAUGGCGUGCGUCCAGGCGAGCCGGGCUAUGAUCCGCGCACUCUGUACAUUCCCGCUAAAGCGUGGAAAACAUUCACGCCGUUCGAGAAGCAGUUCUGGGAGAUCAAGCAGAACCACUUCGAUACCAUCCUGUUCUUCCAGAAGGGCAAGUUCCUCGAACUGUAUGAAGAAGAUGCGCGGAUUGGGCACCGCGAGUUCGAUCUGAAGCUUACGCAGCGAGUGAAAAUGAGCAUGGUUGGUGUUCCGGAGAUGUCCUUUAACUUCUGGGCAGCCAAGUUUCUUGCCAAAGGCUACAAGGUUGGGCGUGUAGAUCAAGCUGAGACGGCGCUCGGCGCCGAGAUGCGACUCGCUGCUGACAAGAAAGGUGGCAAGACGAAGAGCAAACCCGCUCCCGAGGACAAAGGGAAGGAUAAGAUUGUUCGUCGCGAACUCAAUAAAGUGUACACGAAUGGGACCCUUGUGGACGCAGAACUGCUCACAGAUGAACAAGCCGGCCACUGUGUCUCGAUACGCGAAGCGGAGAGCGAAGACGGGAAGGACCAACAAAGCUUCGGCGUCUGUGUGCUAGACAGUGCCACUAGCGAAUUCAAUUUGAGCGCAUUCGAGGACGAUGUGUGUAGGACGAAGCUGGAGACGCUUAUGCGUCAACUUCGCCCGAAGGAAAUCAUCUUCACCAAAGGAAACCUCUCCGUGUCAACCGCGCGUCUGCUGAAGGCGAUACUUCCUGGCAAUUGCCUGUGGACUAGUCUGCGAGAGAGCGAAGGUUUGACGUACAACCAAGCACUCAAGGAGCUGAAGAAGCUCUUCCCUGCUUCUGAUGACGACGAAGAGAUGGCUGAUGCCGCACAUGGCCUGAGCAGCGCAGUUCCUGAGGCUAUCCGGGAUAUGGUCAGCCAGCAAGGUGCAAUCGAGGCACUGGGGUCCAUGAUCUGGUAUCUGAACACCCUCAACAUUGACAAGGAUAUCUUGAGCAUGAAGAACUUCAACGUCUAUGAUCCUAUGAGACGCGGUCAAGGACUCGUCCUAGACGGACAGACGCUUGCGCACAUCGAGGUCUUGAUGAACAGUGAAGGCACGGAGGAGGGGUCUCUACUGAAGUUGCUUUCACGUUGUAUCACGCCCUCGGGCAAGCGACUCUUCCGCAUCUGGCUUUGCAUGCCUCUCAGAGAAGUCUGCGAUAUUAACGCUAGACUGGAUGCAGUCCAGGAUCUCCUCGACCAUGCGACCUUCGAGGGCGAGUUCACAAAGGUUGCGAAAGGCCUCCCAGACCUUGAGCGCAUCGUGUCACGCAUACAUGCUAAGAACUGCAAAGUCAAAGAUUUCCUGAAGGUCCUGACUGCCUUCAAGUCGCUCAGUACCGGUCUCUCAGAACUCGCGGACAUCUCCGAGACGUUCCAAUCGAGGACUAUCCUGGGUCUGCUUAGGACUGCACCCAACCUGCUUCCACACAUCAAGCACGUCAAGUCUAUGUUCAAGGAACCUGAGGACAAAGCCGAUGAGUUAGUCCCCGAAGAUGGAAAGGAUGAGGUCUUCGACGAGAUUAUGGAGGAAAUCCGAGAGCUGGAGGAGGAGCUUGAUCAUGAACUCAAGAAGCUUGAAAAGAAAGCCGGCUUCAACCUGACUUAUUGGCAUAGCAAUGUGGGCACUAAGGACAUUUACCUUGUCCAGACGAAGGCGACGCAGAAAGACGUCCCGAGAGACUGGACCAAGAGCGGGUCAACGAAAGCUUUCGCGCGAUACGUCGUACCGUCUUUGCAGACCACGAUUCGGAAGCUCAAGGAAGCUAGGGAGAACCGAAAUACCGCCGUCAAGGACUUUAAGAACAGACUCUUCGCCGAAUUCGAUGCCGAUCGAAGCGUUUGGUUGCGCGCUGUUAGGGUACUCGCUGAACUCGACUGUCUGUUCAGCCUCGCGAAAGCAUCCGCUGCGCUUGGCGAACCAUCCUGCAGACCGGAGUUCGUUGAGGGCGACGCCGCCUGGGUCGACUUCGAUGAGCUGAGGCACCCGGCUCUCUGCGCGAGCACGGGCUUGAAGGGUGACUUCAUUCCGAAUGAUGUCAAGCUUGGAGGAGGCGUCGGAAGAAUAGCCUUGCUCACGGGACCGAACAUGGGAGGGAAGUCUACCGCGAUGAGAAUGACUGCUACGGGCGUGAUCAUGGCGCAGCUCGGCAUGCUAGUACCGGCAAAGAAGGCUAAGCUUUGCCCGGUUGACUCAAUCUUGACGCGGAUGGGUGCCUACGACAACAUGUUCUCCAAUGCCAGUACCUUCAAGGUAGAACUGGAUGAGUGCUGCAAGAUCCUCCGCGACGCGACGCCGAAGUCGCUGGUGAUACUUGAUGAGCUUGGUCGAGGCACAUCGACAUAUGAUGGUAUGGCCAUUGCAGGGGCCGUCUUGCACCAACUUGCUACUCAUACCUUGGCACUCUCGUUCUUUGCCACUCAUUACGGUUCUCUGACCGAUGACUUCGCAUACCACCCAAAUAUCCGGAACAUGCAUAUGCAGACGUUGGUCGACGAUGAGAAGCGCGAGCUCGUUUUCCUGUACAAACUUGUUGAGGGAGCCGCCUCGUCUUCCUUCGGUACGCACGUCGCAAGCCUCGCGGGUGUCCCUCAGGAAGUCGUCGAGCGCGCCGAUGUCGUGUCGAAAGACUUCGCCCGCCAAUUCAAAGAGAAGAUCGAGGGGAAGCGCAGCAAGGCCUCCGGACGACUGCCGCUCGUCGCACAGGCUGACUUUGCCUACCUCUGUGCUUUGGCGACAGGGAAGAAAGAGCUUCCUGAAAACCCUGUACGCCAGAGGGAAGUUCUCAAAAUCUUGAAGGGUGCUGUAAGGGGCUAUUUGAAGGUUGCUGCUGCGUGAUUGGACGUCGACGUGCGUGCCAUCGUGCUCAAAAAUAUCUGCUAUCGUAUAGUGUAUCAUACAACUUUCGUGUUUUGUCAUUGCUGCUUGUUCUGUACAUGGAUCGUAUCAUACUGUCGCUGGAGCUGCUACUAUAUCAUACGAAUUUGCAUUUGAAUCCUGGACAUGAAUGGAUCUCAGGAGUGAUUUCCC